AUGGACUCAAUAGAGUCCUCCGAACACAGCCUCGAUGUCCACAGCUGGCUGGUCGUCUGCACAUUCAUGAUAGUCAUCAUCCUCGUCAUUCGGCCUCAGAAGAGGAGGACCAAGUAUCCGUAUCACAUCACCCUCAACAUCGCAACCGCACCCGUUCUCGGGGUGCUCUUUCUCCUGGCCACACAGUCGAUCGAUGGCGAGAGUGUGCGCAAUGGUAUCGUCGGCGAGCCCGAGAGCGGCGUCGAGCCCUAUGCUGUUAUGAUCCUCUUCUUCUCACUGGCCUACAUCUGCAUCAGUCUAGACAUGACAGGUGUGCUGCAAUACGCCGCCUUCGUGAUCUCGAAGCGAGGCGGAGGGGGCGGCCAGCGCAUCUUUCUGUAUUUCUUCCUGCUCUCGACGAUCAUGAGCGGGUUGACGAGUAACGACGUGGUGAUCUUGACGAUGACACCCUUCCUGGUUUACUUCUCUCGUGCCGUGGACCUGGUCACGCCCGUGGCAUUCCUCAUGGCCGAGGUGCAAACUGCCAAUAUCGCAUCGAUGGCCCUGUAUAUCGGCAACCUGACGAACGUGGUCGCCUGUCAAGCCUACGGGGUCUCCUUUCUCGAAUACAGUGCCUGGAUGCUCCUCCCGACCUUUGCCUCCAUCGCAGCAUGCUAUGUGAUGCUGCGGAUCAAUUUCCGGAAGGAGAAAUAUAUCCCCAAGACGAUCAAGAGCCCCGAUGUCGAUCCGCGGUCGUGCCUGGUAGAUCCCUUUGGGGCUAUCUUUGGACUCGCGGUUCUGUCGAGUUCCUUGAUUUGCUUGAUCGGGACGUCGUUUGCACAUGUCUCCGUUUGGAUCGUCACGGGGCCGUUUGCGUUGUUGACGCUGACCAGGGAUAUUUGGCAUGAUUAUCGGGGGAACUUCAAGGGGCCUAUGAUGGCCUCUAGCAAUGAGAAGCAGGACUCGACAGGAAGUGUUUCAAAAGACCGACCGGAGGAGAUUUCUAUACCCGUGAGCAGCGACGACGCCCCGGCACAGCAGUCAAUCCUUAGUCCUCGCCCGACCACGACCACUGGAGCCAGGACUCCAAAGCACCCCCGACGCAGGACGAUUAAACAUGCGAUCAACAGAUUCGAGCACCGAUGGCCACUCCUAUACGCGAUCAUCAUCCGGAUGCCCUGGGCGAUCCUCCCGUUCACGUUCAGUAUGUUCAUCAUGGUCGAGGGGCUCUCCAAUUCCGGAUGGAUUGCGAUCUUUGCGGGCUGGGCCACGAACUUGAUCCCCAACUACAUUGUAGCGACGUACGCGGUCGGGUUUAUUUCGGUGCUGUUGUGUAACCUGUUCAACAAUGUGCCGAUGACGAUCCUGGUGGCGAGGAUCCUGCAGCAUCCGAGGUUUGUGGGAUCACCCUUGGCGACGCCUGAGGUCGUGAGGGGAUGUUUGUUUGGGUUGAUUGUCGGAAGUAAUCUGGGGGCGUGCACGACGCUGAUCAGUUCGCUGGCUGGAUUGAUGUGGGACUCGGUGUUGAGGAGUAAGAAGAGUAAUGUGGGGUUCUGGGGAUUUUUCAGGUGGAAUAUGGGCGUGAUGCCGAUGGUCAUCUUUAUAGCCUUGUCGGUGGUCGUCAUCGAGUUGAAGGUCAUUUACAAGUAG